UUAGGCAUUGAAAAUAAACAGUAGGACACGCCCUAGAAAGGGCACUCACGCGGGACACGCCCCUCCAGUGGGCGGGCGUGCUGUACGAGGAGGUGGCACGUGGAGGAAGUACAUUGCUGUAGAUGCAGGUGAGAAGUUUAGAGCUCACCUGGCAGAGGUUUUCUUUUCCUGACUGCUGAUUGGCUGCCAUAGACAAUGAAUGAAUGAAAAAACGUAUAUAGCGCGGCGCAUGCGAACUGAAUCGCCUUCUCACAGUAUCUUUCUGCACCCUUCCCAUGUAGGAGAGCGCUAUGUACCAUCCCCCGGCGGAGGCCAUCUUGUGUCAGGUGACCGCGCCAUGUCUUGGUGCGCGGCAGGACGGGUCCGGCGGACGGGGAGGAUGUUUCCGGCUCCUCUGUUCCUGCAGUGCAGGAGGCUGGCGGCCGGAGGGCGGGCGAGCGACGAUCUCCUGGAGUUGUGCCGGCGAAGGUGCUUCCUCUUAGGGGAGAAGGCGACUCCGGCCUCCGUUCUAGGAGGACGUCACAGCCUGGGGCCCCUGGGAGCCCAAAUGAAAAGGAACUUGGUAAAGGAAUGGUGGGACGCCACGGUGCUGCACCCGGAGCAGGUUCUGCCCAUUGACUCUUUGUGUCGCCUACCGGGAACGUCCAACCCCUCGCCCAGACCACUCCCCAAGGCCCGUCUGGACCGCCUCCAAAACCAAAGUCCAACCCAGGAGGAGCUGGAAAAGAUGGCCGAUCUUCGCCAAGAUCUCCUAUAUGGUGCCUUGUAUUAUUACCCCUCCUGUUUGGAGCUGCUGAACAGGAAGUUGCCCUUUGGUAUCGCAGAGGUGGGGAGAUGUUUUCACCCAAUCUCAGACGAGGAGGACCCCGACACCUGCAGGGCGGGGGAGGGGACGGCGGCGUCUCUGGUCUGGUUCAGCUCCGCCAAGACUUGCGCUCAGUGGCGGGACUACUGGCUGCGGCAGCGGCUGCUGUGGUGGAGGAAGUUUGCUCAGGUACCCUCCAGAUUCAGCAUCGGCGACCACCCUGACGAAGACGGGACGAAAACGACCCUCAUACAGUACGACUUCCCCUGGGGCAAGGAGCCAAUCGAACGCCUCGGCAGCCUGGAUGACUCCGCCCUCGCCCAGAUGCACCAUGGGCCCAUCGCUGAUCUUCACGGCCGGGACGGCAGGAAGUCCGCCAUUCCCCACGUGGUCUGGAUGAGCAGCGACGUAGGAGGAGGUCUGUUGGCCUAUCUGUGCGACGCCCUGCAGGUGACGGAGAGCGCGGCGCCCCGGGGGAAGGAGCAGCGGCGGACGGUGCUGAAGAUUCACCCGUCGCUCGCCCCGGUCACGUUGGCCGUAGACUUGGGGAAAGGCCCGGCCGCCGACCUGCGACUGGUGUGCCAGGGUCUGUGUACCGAGCUGCGGGGGAGGGGGAUCUCCGUCUGGCCGGGGUACCUGGAAACGUUACACACUCCUAUGGAGCAGCUGUUCACCAGGUACGAUGAGAUGGGCGUCCUCUUCACCGCGCUGGUCAGUGAUGUCACGCUGGAGAGCGGGCUGCUUCAGCUGCGCAGCCGAGACACCACCAUCAAAGAGACCGUCCAUGUCUCCAAGCUCGGCGCCUUCCUGACGCAGCACAUGACCGCCGAGGCUAAACGCUGACCAAUAAAAAGCUUUCCUUUUGUUUUA